AUGCUGAUUGAGCUGGCGCCCGAGUACCGCAAGUGGCGGCGUGUGCAUGGCUUGCAGCCGCCGCUCCACGCGCAGCAGCUGGCUGCCUGGGUGCUGCUGCUCAUCAGCGUGCUGUACCUGGUCGGCGUGCUGCUGCCGGCGCUCUGUCCGCCGCUGCGGCUGCCGGUCUGCGCGCUCGCCGCGUUCGUGCUGCUCGUUCACGUGGUGACGCAUGCUGUUGCUAUGCUCCUGGACCCGGCUGACGCAGACCUGCGCGCCCAGUGCCAGCGCGUGCCCGUGCCCGAGUUCGACCGCAACCGGCACGCGCACGUCAUCGAGAACGGCCGCUGCCACCUGUGCAACAUCAGCAUCGCCUCGCAGCGCACCAAGCACUGCUCCGUGUGCAACAAGUGCGUUGACCGCUUCGAUCACCACUGCAAGUGGCUCAAUCACUGCGUCGGCCGGCGCAAUUACGGCUGGUUUCUGGCGUGCGUGGCGAGCGCGGUGGUGCUGUCGUUCUUCCUGCUCGCGCUGGCCGUCGCCGAGAUGGCGCUGCUGUACGUGGCACCGGUCCGGCUGGGCGCGUGCGGGGCGUGCCCGAGUCCGAAUGCCACGGCGACGGGGGAGGUCGCGUGCCCGCCCGGGCUCACCAUGUUCUGGCUGCCGGCCGAUCCAGCGGUGUUCAUCGGGGCGACGGGCGUGCUGACGCUGCUCUCGCUGCUCUGCGGCGUGCUGCUGCUGCACCUCCUGCUCUUCCACGUGUACAUCAUGGCGCGCGGCAUGACCACGUACGAGUACAUUCGCGGACUGGCCGGCGAGCGCGCCAAGCCCGCCCCCACAGACUCGCCGCGCCGCUGCCGUUUUUUAGCCGAUGUGCUGCACAAGAACCGCGUCAAGCCGAGCCCGCGCGUGCAGCACAGGGAGGAAAGCGGCUCGAAGGGUGGGGCCGGCGGCUCGAAUGGCGGGAGCGGUGGCUCGAGAGCCGCCUCCCGGGCCAGCCGCCUGACCGGCGUCAGCAUUCAGACGCUGGCGGCAGUGCUGCCGGUGGUGCCCGCGACCAUCCGCGCGGCGGCUCGAUCCCCAGCUGUGGCCAGCGGCGAGGGCCCUCCGGCGGCUGACGACCUCGGCUGGAGAGGACGCGUCUGGUACGCGCCGCUCAUGUCCCCGCGGUUCACUAUCGGCCUCCACCGAGGCGUCAGACGGCCAGCGACUAUCGCUCUCCUUCCGGCGCCGGACCCGGUCCCCGACGAGCGCGUGCCACCGGCGGCCCCGCACUGA